AUGGCCACUUUCAAUCAGGGCAAGGCAUCUGCCGUCUCUCGUUUAAUGCCCAGUUCUGGCCAAUCUCGGUUCAUUCGACUGAAGGAUGCGGCUAAGGAAUUGCGUCGAGUGAACAUCACCUCCAAGAAACGGACGGUGCCCAAUGCACUCGCCUCAAUUCAAUUCAGGACGAUUGGUAUACUUAUUCCUCAGGACUACACAGGAGGCAAUAUCUCGACUGCCAUCACCGCAUCAACCAUCACCACUGCCUCCACAGCCACCUCUGCGACCAUCGCGACCAACGCCGUCACUACCACCACUGUUAACACUGCUACCUCUAUCAGCAAUGCCGUCUUCUCAAGCUUACCUCCGACCGUCUCGCAGCCUUGGCUGCAUGCUUUCCCUACGAACGUCAGCCAGCCCUCGCUUCACGUCGCAUUGCCGCCUCCUGGAUCUCACUUCGAAACUACAUCGCAGUUAGCCUACUGCAACAAUUUACUCCUCAUUCAUCUGUCGCCCUCAUUGGCAGCUGCGAGUACAUUUGCCUCUCUGUGUCCGUCUCAGCAAGCAUCUAUAGACACCAUCCUUAACAGCGAGGAAGAACAAGGUCGCAUCCGUGAGUUGACGAUUAUGCUCAUUGAGGAGUUCGCUUCAGAUGUUCUCAAGACGUCGGAGAAGGUCUUUGAAGUCGCCUUGCUUGGUCCUUAUCUUGACAAGGAGUAUUACCGCAAGUUGCUGAACUGCUUCAUCGCUGAGUUCGAGACGGCGAGGCUGUUGGACAUCGAUCUACUUCAGGGAUUGGUUUGGCUUGUUGAGUGUGCAAGAACCGACUACCUUCUGCCCGACGACCUGGUCCGUAUUCUCGUUGUUCUUCGGACUCGACUUCAGGAGACCCACCACCAGACAGCCAAGCAUCCUUUCUACCUAACGUUGGCGCUUUCUCGCCUCCUGGACAUCAUGGUCGAGGGAAAAGUGCAGGACCUGAGACGUGUCAUUGACCAUGAGCCAUUGACUUCGCUCUUGGGUCAGCUGGUAAACAGCCCUGAUCCGCAUCUCAAGCACCAGGUAGUCUAUGCUCUUCAAGGUCUGCUUCAUGUGCCAAAUGACGAGACACGUCGCCAGUACAUGUUGCGACAAGCGGGAAACACUGCCAUGGGUCUUCUCGGUGUCGCUAGUGUGUGUAAACUGGACCUAGGCGAGUUCAGAGACGGAGUUGAAUAUCUAUACAAGGCUGCGGGGGAGGCUCAUGAAGUCGGCACCAAAAUAAUCGGCGGAGUUCAAGCACUACUGGAGAGUGGCCAGGACAUUGCUGCGAGUGUCAAGGGAGGCAUUUUGUCUGGCGGUCGACGACUAUGGUAUAUUGCUCUGCGCGAGGCUCAGGGACAUGUUCGGAACGGUUGGCUGGCGGAUCUCAACCAUUUGGUCUUCGAGGCGCCCUGUCGUCAAGAUGUCGAGUUUCAGUGGGGCAUUUGUCAGCUCCUUGGAGAGAUCGUCGUUGAUCUACAAUGGGAUAUCGCCACCCGCCAACAUGCCAUCGACUUUCUUGCCGGGUUGUACAGAAACGAGACUGCUUGGACUUCCAACGCCGAAGUGCUCAGACGGAUCCUGACCAUCAUUCGCCAAGCCGCAACCUUGCCGGACAUAAUCGUCUCGGACCACGCUCAAUUGAUGCUCCAAAGUCUAGAGAAGGAAGGAAUUGCUGUAAAGCAGGCUCUGUAUUGUGAUGUCUUGGCCGGUCCUCCCCACCCUUACUCAUUGCAGACUCGAUGUCCAGUGCCAUCGUCUUCCCCUUUACUUGCUCGGGUUCAAGCUGUUCCUGAAGUGGAGUAUGACCUUUACAGAUUGCGAGCCCAGCGACUGAAAAAGCGCGAGAACGUGAUAUACACUCCACCUCAGGCCAAGCCCUCCCUCCAGUCUUCUGACGAUACAUUGUUUCCGCUGAUGGAGAAGGCGCUCGAGUUCUUGGCAGGUUCUGGUCUUGUGCUUCUGCUGCUGGGCGAUUCAGGAGGAGGCAAGACGCUUUUCAAUCUUCAGCUCGAGCGCACACUUUGGAAGGGGUAUAAGCGAGGCGGCGCGAUCCCACUACACAUCAACCUUCCUACCAUCAACAACCCACAGGAGGAUAUGAUCGACAAACAACUGCGACGACUUCGCUUCUUUUCCGACGCGCAGAUUCAGGAACUCAGGCAGAGCCGGCAGUUUAUUGUCAUCUGCGACGGAUACGAUGAGAGUCAGCUCAAGAAGAACCUCUACACCACCAACCUACUCAACCAACCGGGACAGUGGAGGGCCAAGAUUAUCGUUAGCUGUCGUAGCCAGUACCUGGGUCUGGACUAUCGUACACGAUUUCUGCCGACUAUCGACCCUUACCAGAAACCAGUGGCUGAGCAUUUCCAGGAAGCAGUGAUCGUGUCGUUUUCGAGAAACCAGAUCGAGCAGUAUGUCGAACAGUUCGUCCAACAGCCACCUCCACAUACCACCGAUGCUGCUCAGCCUUGCUGGACCACCAAGGAUUACAUGAACAAGCUCACCAAGAUCCCUGGUCUGAUCGAGCUAGUUUCUAACCCCUUCCUAUUGUCACUUGCCCUGCGAGCUCUGCCCAAGAUCGUCCACUCUGAACAGGACUUGUCCCAGGUCCGCUACACCCGCGUUAGAUUGUACGACAGUUUCACGAAUCAAUGGCUAGAGACGAACAUGCGACGUCUGGAGGGCAGUGUAUUGUCAUCGGAGGCGCAAUCGACAUUCGACAGCCUACUCGAAGCUGGUUUUAUUCAGUACGGGCUCAGCUAUCAAAAGGAUCUUGCCGCGGCCAUCUUUCGGCACCAGGAUGGAGCUCCAGUGGUGGAGUACACACAUCUUCACGACAGUCAAACUUGGAAGGCGGCAUUCUUUGCGCCGGGUACCCUGGCCACUCUUCUGCGAGAAGCAGGCCCGAUAUCUCGAUCCGGCAACCAGUACCGGUUUUUUCAUCGCUCGAUCCUGGAGUACCUUUAUUCACGUACCAUUUCCGAUCCUUUCGACCUCAACCAGGUGCCAAAGCAUGGAGCUGCCGUAGCAGAGUCCAUCGAGUCCUUUGCCGCCCAUCCCUUGAACCAAUGGAGCAUCAUCAGAGAGCCGUCGAUCCUGCAGUUUCUGGCUGAGCGCGUGGAACUGGACACCUCAUUCAGGAACCUCCUUCUUGUGGCCAUUGAGAACUCGAAAACGGAUGAUACGAUCAGCCUAGCAGCAGCGAACGCCAUCUCUAUCCUAGUCAGGGCAGGAACGCGAUUCAACGGCGCAGACCUACGAGGAAUCAGGAUUCCGGGAGCUGAUCUCUGUGGUGUCGAAUUAGAUUCUGCGAACCUCGAGGGAGCCGAUCUAAGUGGCGUCAACAUGACCAAAACGUGGCUUCGACAAGCGAACCUUGGCAGUACGCAGAUGUCAGGAGUUCAGUUUGGGGAGUUGCCACAUCUUGUGCUGGAGAAGAACAGGGUCGCUCGCAUCGUCUUCUCAUCUGAUGGAGGUCUCCUCGCGGUGUCGACAGAACGUUUGAUAGUGGUCGUUUUCGACACGGCGACAUGGACUAUUGUUGCAGCUCAUACUGGGGGAGUAGCCACUGACAUUUCGCCGACCACCCGCGAGCUUGCCAAAGGAGGCAAGGACAACUCCGUGGAACUCGUUGAUAUCCUGACCGGUGUACUUCGGCUUGCCUUGGUUGGCCACGACGAUGGUGCUACAUGCGUUUCCUUUUCACUCGACGGCACCCAGAUCGCCACUGCCAGCAAUGACACUACCGUGCGCAUCUGGUCGACAGUCUCUGGAGAUACCCUUCACACCCUUCGCGGCCACUCCGAAUCUGUCACUGGUGUUGCUUUUUCACCGAGCAACGUUCAGCUUGUAUCGUGUAGCAAGGACAAGACACUACGAACAUGGAACGCUCAGACAGGAGAGCCUCUGUUUAUAAUGAAUGGCCACACCGACCCUGUGCUAUGCGUAACAUAUUCUCCCGAUGGAAGCCAAAUUGCUUCAGGAGAUAGCAGCGAAGCAGCUGCACUAUGGAGCGCACACACAGGCCAGCUCCUUCAUGGUCUGAGCAGCUCGGUUGGGGUAGUUUCUGGUGUGGCGUUUUCUCUGGAUGGUCAUCAACUCGCGUCCUGCGGCGAGGACGGGACAGUUCACCUGUGGGACGUCUCUACUGGUGAGUGUAUCAACGUUCUUUCUGGACAUCUCUUUGGCGUCACCAGUGUCGCCUAUUCACCGACAGGAGGAUACAUUGCUUCAGGAUCAGUAGACGAAACUGUGCGAUUUUGGAAGGUUGAUGGAGCCUUGUCGGAUGCAGCAGAGUCAGGCGUCCAUGCCAAAGCGUGGCAUAAUGUCGACAUGUCGCCAGAUGGUGCGUGGAUUGUUAUUAGCAACAUUGAUGACGGUGCGGCACAGCUCUGGGAGACACAAACAGGAAAACCAGGAACGAUGUUGAAGGGUCAUACAGAAGCGGUUAACGAUGUUGCAUUUUCACCCUGCGGACAACGGAUCGUCUCGGCCAGUGAUGAUACAACUGUACGACUUUGGUGCGCCCGAACGGGAGCGUCUUUGCAGAUCCUUGAAGGUCACACAGUGUCUGCCGUCGGUGUCACUUUUUCACCCGAUAGUUCUCAGAUCGCUUCCACCAGCAAGGACAGGACCGUAAGGAUCUGGGACAUAGAGACCGGAGUGCCUGGUCGUAUCCUGGAGGGUCAUACGGACAUAGUUAGAGGAGCGACAUAUUCACCGAGCGGUCAUCAACUCGCUACUUGCAGUGAUGACAAGACCGUGCGACUAUGGUGCACCCAGACUGGAGAGCAACUCUUCAUCAUGGACCAUUCUGCAGAAGUAGACAGAGUGAUGUUUUCCCCCGAUGGACAAGAGCUCGUGUCAGUCUCGAUGUCGUAUAGUGAGCUUCGGUGCUGGGAUCCGCAAACUGGCGAGCGUCUUGAGAGACUGGACCUGGAGGCAAAACCCUACGGCGUGUUUUGCUGUUGCUCUUCACCCAUCAUCAAGGAGCAACAGCGACAGCGACUUGUCGUCACCUCUGGAACAGAUGGAAUCAUGCGUAUAUGGGAUCGAACUAAUUCAGGUCCUUGGUCUGAAGUCUUUCAAACCAAGAUCGGGAUCAACUUCAGGAUUCUAUGGAGGCAGAGCAGUUCUGGGGACUCGUACCUGGUCGCUUUGGGUGUUGGAUCUAUCCGUGUCUGGAGACUGGUAGAAUUGGAAGAAAACAAGUACGUCUUGCGACUAGUCUGGAGUAUGGGCAAGAAGGAGCUGUCGCUGGAGAAUGCAAACUUGAGUGGCGCAGUUGGAUUGAGCCCUGUCGAUCAAAAGUUAGCGGAGCAGCGUGCGGCUAUUAUUUAUCCAACCAAGAGUUAUUAG